AUGGAGCUGACCAUCUUCCUCCAUAACAACAAAGACAUGUUCGCGUGGUCACCAUCUGACAUGCCUGGCAUUGACCCAAACAUCAUCUGCCAUCGGCUCCAUGUCAACCCUGCUAGCAAGCCUGUGGUGCAGAAGAGACGCAACUUUGCUCCCGAGCGGGUCGCGAUCAUUGAAGCCGAGAUCGACAAGCUCCUAGCUGCCGGUUUCAUUGAAGAGGUCUCUUACUCGGAAUGGCUGACUAACGUUGUUUUGGUGGCGAAACAAGAAAAGGGAAAAUGGAGAGUAUGCGUUGAUUACACCGACCUCAACAAAGCAUGCCCUAAAGACAACUUCCCAUUGCCGAGAAUCGACCAGCUCGUGGAUUCAACUUCCGGCAACCAGCUGCUCAGCUUCAUGGAUGCUUACUCCGGCUAUAAUCAAAUUAUGAUGUACGAUGAUGACAAGGCGAAGACCUCUUUCAUCAUCGAAAGAGGGGCCUACUGCUACAAGGUCAUGCCCUUUGGGCUAAAGAACGCCGGAGCAACCUACCAAAGGCUCGUGAAUAAAAUUUUCAAGGAGCAGAUCGGCAGAACCAUGGAGGUGUACGUGGACGAUAUGCUGGUUAAAGCCCCCAAGCGGGCAGACCACCUCAAAAACCUCACCGAGGCGUUCAGCCUACUCCGCCAAUAUCGCAUGAAGCUGAAUCCAAGUAAAUGCACGUUCGGUGUAUCGUCUGGCCGGUUCCUAGGGUACUUAGUGACGCAACGAGGUAUCGAGGCACACCCGCGCCAAAUCAAAGCCAUUCUCGAGAUGAAGUCGCCUUCCACAGUGAAGGAGAUACAAAGCCUGACGGGCAGAGCAGCGGCCCUUAACAGAUUCCUCUCAAAGUCUACCGACAAGUGCAGACCAUUCUUCAAAGCUUUGAAGAAAGGACAAAAAGACAAAUGGGACGAAGAGUGCGAAGUAGCUUUCCAGAAUCUAAAGACCUACCUUACUUCACCUCCCUUGCUCUCAAAGCCAGUUCCUGGUGAAGACUUGUUCGUGUACCUGGCAGUGUCCAACUCGGCCGUCAGCUCAGCUCUCAUCCGAGAAGAACUUUGGGCCCAACAUCCGAUAUUCUACACGUCAAAAGCUCUCCUCGAUGCAGAGACUCGCUACCCGAAAUUGGAGAAGCUCAUUUUGGCCCUUGUGGUUUCUGCGAGAAAGUUGCAACCUUAUUACCAAGCUCACCGAGUCAUCGUCAUGACUGACUUUCCUUUGAGAUCAAUCCUCCACAGCCCUGAUGCUUCUCAGCGACUCAUGAAGUGGGCUAUAGAGCUAAGCAAAUACGACCUCCUCUACCGGCCGAAGACUGCAAUAAAAGCUCAAGCCUUAGCAGACUUUGUUGCAGAAUUCACACCAUCAGCCGAAGCAGAGAAGCUGGUCAGCAAAAAGAAGGAAAGUUCAAGAGCAGACAAGACCUCUACUGAACCUGAUCAACCUAGAGACCUGUGGCAGUUGCGCGUAAACGGAGCUUCGAACCUGAAAGGAGCUGGAGCAGGCAUCGUCGUCAUCUCCCCAGAUGGAACCUUGUUAAAGCAAGCUAUCACACCCGGCUUCCCGGCUUCAAACAACGAGGCAGAGUACGAGGCAUUGCUCGCUGGCUUGCGCUUGGCAAAGGAGCUAUCAAUCAAAAAGCUGGCUAUCUACUCAGAUUCCCAACUGAUCACAAGUCAAGCCUCAGGAGAAUACAUGGCGAAGCACCCAAGGAUGAUCUUGUACCUUGACAAAGUUCAAGAGUUGUUGAAGGCGUUUCCCACCUUCACCAUCCAGCAAGUUCCCAGAGUAGAGAACGCGCACGCAGAUGCACUGGCAAGCUUAGGAUCGGCGUUGGAUACCCAGUUCAGACGCUCCAUCCCGGUCGAGCACCUUGACCAGCCUAGCAUAGAGGAGGCAGAGCAGCCGGACCUGAUGCAGAUCGAUGAGGAUCCUAGCUGGCAAGACCCAAUUAUUGACUACCUAGUGAAUGAAAACCUACCCAAAGACAAGUCCGAGGCCAGAAAAAUCAAGCAGAAGGCUGCAAGAUACUACAUGAAAGGCGACAUACUUAUCCGCAGAUCAUACUACGGGCCUCAUCUCACUUGCAUCAAGUACCCACAAACGCUCGAGGUUCUCUGCAAGAUACACGACGACGAAUGUGGAAAUCACGCUGGGGGCAGAUCAUUUGCUCAGAAGGCUCUCAGCAUAGGCUAUUUCUGGCCUAUCAUGCGCCAAGACUCCACGGAGUAUGCUCGAAGAUGUGAUCGAUGCCAACGCUACAAGCCGGUCCCUGGCCUGCUGACUAAGGAAUACCAUCUGCAGAACAGUCCAUGGCCAUUCAUACAGUGGGCCAUUAACUUGGUGGGACCUAUGCCGACGGCACCUGCCAACAAAGGGAUGAUGAUCGUUGCCACUGAUUACUUCACCAAAUGGAUCGAGGCCGAGGCUUUAUCUUCUACCAAGGAGGCCGAUGUUGAACGGUUCAUCUGGAAGAACAUUAUUUGCAGAUUCGGUUGCCCGCAAUCGAUAGUCAUCGACAAUGGUACACAGUUCGUGGGCAGGCAAAUCACCGCAUUCUUUGUGAAGUAUGGCAUCAAACAACACCUAUCAACACCCCGAUACCCGCAAGGCAAUGGCCAAGCAGAGGCAUCCAACAAGAUAGUGCUGGACUGCCUAAAGAAAAGACUGGAAGGUGCAGAAGGAAAAUGGGUCGACGAGCUGCCAGGAGUCCUAUGGGCUUAUUGCACGACCAAAAGGAGAUCGACUGGAGAGACACCAUUUUCCCUGGCUUAUGGGACAGAAGCAAUCAUUCCCCCACACAUCAUAGUCCCUUCCAUGAGCAUUGAGGUGGAUAGUCUUGACCAAAAUUGCAAGCAGAUGAAAGUCAACCUUGAUCUGCUCGAAGAAGAACGAGAAAAGGCCAUUGUUCGAGUUGCCGCCUACCAGCAGCAGUUGACAUCCUACUACAAUAGGAGGGCCAAGAUCAGACAGUUUCAGCCUGGGGACCUUGUGCUUAGAAAAAUUUUCAUCACAGCACCAAGGCAAGGGUCAAAGAAGAUGAAACCAAACUGGGAAGGCCCCUACGUGAUCAGCCGAUCUGGGGGCAGAGGAAGUUACACCUUUGAUACUCUAGAAGGAAAAGAAAUUCCGAGACAAUGGAAUGCCCACCACCUUCGAAGAUACUAUCCAUGA